CAAUGGUUAUUGAGUGAGAGUGAAACAGAAUCUGAGCUAGUGGCCGCGUUGGAUAAUCGACACCUGGGAAGUGCGCCGAUCAUUCGAACACCACUCCGGGGCUUGCGGCUCACUGAAGGCACUGAUGCUGUUCUCCAAUGCAAUAUCGUCGGAAGUCCGAAACCGCGGAUUGAAUGGCGAAAGAACGGAAUAGCAAUGAGUCCGACAGGACCGCCAAGAAUAGCAAUGACCUACAAAGGGUCGCUUGCUGUGCUCAAAAUAUCGAUGGUGCUACCGGAAGAUAGCGGCGAGUAUACGGUACUUGCGGAGAACACCUUUGGACGGGUAGGUUCCUUUCUCGAAUUAUUCGUGAAGUCUAUUUAA